AUGUGUAAUGUGGCUGCCAAGAAGGCAGCUGAUGAGUUAAAGGCCGAACAGGCUGCUGGGCGCCAGUGCGAGGAGAGAAUGUCUACUAUGGCGCGCGAGCUGAAGGAAGCCACUGUCCGAUCGGGGCAACGGCGCCUCGACCCCAUCGUCCCCCCCGGUGGCCGCUCGACGACAUCGCCGCCGCCGCUGCCCGAAGGCCUCCCCCUCGCCGGACCUUGCGGGACGCUCCCGCCAGACCUCGCCGUCCCCGUCCUCCUCCACGAACGGCUACAACGAGCCACGUCGCUCCCUCUUCCCUCCAUCGCCGGUGAGGCCCCGCCUCCCGCCUCCUCCCUUUCCUCCCGUCGCCGCGCCGUGUACCACGCCCCGUCCGGCAUGCCCCUGCUCGCGCGCCCCCGCGCCUUGCCGCACGCCUCGCCCGCAUCGCCUGUGUUCGCUGCCGACCGCGGUCCGCGCUUCCCCUGCACGCACCGCCGCGCCGCCCUGUCCCCUCGCCCCGCCACGCCGCUGCUGCGGCCCCGGACACGGGCCAUGCGCCGACCCCUUCCUCCCCCUCCCCUGCUGGCCGCGUCGGGUGCCGGCGCCCACGCGCCCGCUCCGGACCCGUUCAGGCCCCGCCGUGCCCUGGCUUCGCCCAGUGGCCGCGUGCGCGCGGCACAGCCGUGGCUGGCCAGCCACAGCCGCCGCCCCACCCUGGGUCACUGA